AUGACAACCCUACACAAAUUACUCUCGCUUCUCCUAAUUUCGGCAGUUUUCGCCCAUCCCAAGCCCAAACCCGACCCCCGGGAGCACGGAGAUUCCGCCGAUCCAACCAACAUUCAAGUGCACACCGCGAAUGGGCCAGUCAUUGGAUUCGUGGAGAAAUUGGACGCUAUCAACAGACGACGAGGCCCCAUUGAGGAGGCCAACAUUUUCUUGGGAAUUCCGUUCGCCAAACCGCCUGUGGGCACGCUGAGAUUUGAGGUAGGGAAAUUGGAAAAUAAAAUUAGAGAAAAAAUAAAAAAAAAUAAAUAAAAAAAAAAUAAAAAAUACUUUUUUGCACAGUGUAAUUUCCGGGAAAAUUCUAAAAAAAAUAUAAAAUAAAAACAAAAAUUAUUUUAUUUUUUUUUUUAUUUUUUACACACAUUAAUUUCCGAUAAAAAAUCAAAAAAAGUAAUAAAAAAUAAGAUGAAAAAAUAACUUUUUUUGCAGUGUAAUUUCCGAGAAAAUUCAAAAAAUAUAAAAAAAAAUAAAAAAUAAAAAAAAUUUAAAAAAAAUUUGUUUUUAUUUGUUUACACAGUUUUCUUUCCGAUAAAAAUUCAAAAAAAUAAUUAAAAAAUUCUCCGAUUUUUUUACUGUAAUUAUAAUAAAAAAUACUUUAAAAAUACUUUAAAUUUUUUUUCACAAAUUUCCUACUUUCUUACAACCGCAAGACGAUGAUUCAAAACCAAGAAUCAGGUUCGGGGAAUCGCAUCUUAGUUUAACUGUCCAGGAAGUUAUUUACUAACCUUCAAGACAGAGUUUAAUUUUUCUCGAAGCUUCUUGGCGGAAAAAAAAGUUUAAGUGUAAUUACCUUCUGAUUUGUUGGGUUAAAUCACAAAAUACCUGAUAAAUAUCGUUUUGUGAUUUGAAACGGUUCUUUGGGAAAACUUUUUUUUACACUAAAAAAUGAAGUUUGAAAGCACAAGAUGUGAUAUUUUUUGCGAAAAAAGUUGGGGAAAAAAGUGUAAAAGAGAAAAAUUGAAUGUGAAAAAAUUAAUUUUUAAAGGUAAAAUACGAAUAUUAUUAUUUUUUGGACAAUUAAAAAAUAAAAGAAAAAUAAAAACAAAAAAUAAAAAAAAAUAUAAGUUUUUUUGUAUUUUUACAUAUUUUACUAUAUAAAAAUUAAAAAUUGAGUUUUAAGGGUGAAAUACUAACAUCCAUUUUUUUAAAUAAAAAGAAGAUAAAAAAAAAUAAAAAAUAUUAAAAGCAUUUUUUAAUAUAUUUUUAAAAUUUACAGUAAUUUUUCUGACCCGUGUGAUAAUCAAAAAACUUUUUUUUAAGAAAAAUUAGAUGAGAAAAAUUAAUUUUUAAAGGUAUAGAUACGAAUAUUAAUAUUUUUUGGACAAUUAAAAAAAAAAAUUAAAUAAAAAAUAAAAAAAAUCUAAUUUUUUUGUAUUUUUACAUAUUUUACCCUCAAAACAUUAAGUUUUAAGGGUGACAUAUUAACAUCCAUUUUUUUAAAUAAAAAAAAAUAUUAUUGUUUUUUUAAAUUUUUUAAAAUUUGCAGUAAUUUUUCCAACCCGAUUGAUAAUCAAACUUCACCAAUUUAAUCUUUUGUUUGUGUAAUGUCCUUAUUCCUUAUUCAUAGAUCGCAUUUUGAACAAUGAAAAUUGAUCAAAAGUCCAAAGUUGUUUUGAGCGACCAAAAAAAUUUAAUUUGGUGUCAUAACAAAAUGAAAAAUGAGUGCGUCAAAUUUGCUUUUCGUUUCGCUUUACAACUUGUUUGUUAUGACGCUCAGUUUUUUGAAGCUUCAGAAUUUUCUGGAAGGUAUCUCCGGAAAAGAGAGACAAAAAUCAGGUUUUAAAAAGUUUCUGGAGCAAAAGCACAUUAUAACUGGUCUAAAAAUGGUCAUAAAAUUGUGGUUUAGAGGGGGAUUUUUUUGGUUGUUUUUGGGAUUUUUUUAAUUUUUUAUUUAAAAAAAUUUUAAAAAAAUAAUUCAAAUUUUUUAAUAAAACAAUACUUUUUUGGUAUUUUUAAUAAAUUUUGAAAUUUUUUAUUAAAAAAAUAAAAAGAAACUUGAAAUUUUUUAUUUUUAUUUAAAAAAAUAAAAAUAAAAAAAAAUAAUUCAAAUUUUUUAAUUAAAAAAAUAAUGUUUUGGGCGUUAUUAAAUUUAACAAAACAUUAUUUUGAAGCAAAAAAAUAUAUAAAAAUCAAAAAAAGCAGAAAAAAAAUUAAUAAAAAAAUUAUUUUUUUUUGGAUUUAUUAAUUUUUUGGACUUUUUUAAAAAAAUAAAAACAAUUUUAAAUCCAAAAAAUACAUAAAAAAUCAAAAAAAAGCCAAAAAAAAUUUUAAUUUUAUUUUUUGAAUUUUUCAUAUUUUUUACCAAUUUUCAUUUUCCAGCGUCCCCAAGACCCCGACAACUGGACCGAGCCCCUAGAGGCUCUCAACUUCUCUCCCGGCUGCGUCCCCCAUCAUCCAAUCGCCAGCUUCGACUAUGAAGAGGACUGUCUCUAUCUCAACGUCAUGGCGCCCCACAAGCCCGCUCCACCCUCCGGCUAUCCCGUCCUGGUCUUCAUCCACGGCGGCGGCUUCUGUUCCGGCGCCGCCUCGCAAUUCGGCUUCACAAACGUGAGCGACAACUUUGUGUCGCAAGGAAUUGUCGUUGUGACGCUGCAAUAUCGUCUGGGAAUGCUUGGAUUCUUGUCGAAUGGCGAUGAGGAAUUGCCCGGAAAUAUCGGGCUUUGGGAUCAGUUGAAGGCGCUGAAAUGGGUGAAUAAGAAUAUUGAGAAGUUCGGAGGGAAUAAGAACCAAAUUACUUUGUGGGGACAAAGUGCUGGAAGUGUGUCGGCUUCGAUGCUGUCGCUGAGCAAACAUGGAAAAGGUGAGAAAAUUUGAAGAGAAACUAAAAAAAAAUAAAAAAAAAAUAGAAUAAAAAUAGAAUAAAAAUAAAAAAAUUUUGAAAAAAUAAAUUUUUUUUUUAAUUUCAAAAUUUUUUUUAUUUUCAACGUCAUUUUUAGAUCGCAUAUUCGACAAUUUUAUCAUCAAAUUUUAAUAAUUUUCAAAAUUAAAAAAAAAAUUUUUUUGGUCCUGGCACGAUUUUUUCCCGUCAAAAAAACUUUUUUUUUACCCCCCAUAUAUCCAAAUUUCCCAAAUUUUUCCUAACUCCCUCAUUUCAGGUCUUUUCCACCAACUAAUCCUCCAUUCCGGCUCCCCUUACGCUCAUUGGGCCUCAAACGAGCAUGUGGUGGAGAUGUCCCGCGACUUGGCCAAACAAGCCAACUGUCCCAUCGAUGACACCGUGAAGAUGAAGGAGUGUCUGCAAGACAUGGAUCUGUUCGACAUUAUGGACGCGGCCUCCGAAUUCCCGCUGAUUCGGGACCAACUCGCCUUCUUGAACUACAACCCGCGCAUGGACGGCGACUUCUUCGACAAGGACUACCCGGAGCUCCUCAAAGAAGCCGCCGAAAUGCCCACGCUCAUGGGCUUCAACACACACGAGGCUGUCUUCUUGACCAUCGAGUUCCCCAACUCGGUGAUGGCGUUCCGUGGAGGGCUCACCGUUCAGCCGGACCAACAGGGCAACUACACAAGAGAUGUGUUCAUCAAUUUUGUGCGAAAUAACGCCGCCAAAGGAGUGGAUGAGCUGAAUCCAGCGGAUCAGCAGCUGUUGGCUGAAGAGCUGAUCAAGUUCUACGCGGACAACUGGAAAAAUGAAAGUGAUUCCGCCCAUUAUUUGGAACAAUACUCAUUGGUAAGCAAGGGGAAGAUAAAAAUAAAAAAAAAUUGAUUUUUUUUUAUUUGAAAAAAUUUCUAGGCAAUUGUAAAGGCUUUAAAAUAAAAUUUAACAACCCGGAAAACGAUUUUUUCAAGGAAAAAAUUGAAAAAAAAGUUUUUUCGACAAUUUUUCGGAUUUUUCGGCCAAAAAAUUUUUUUUGAAUAUCUCAGCGACAAUCUCAAAUUUGGAUCCAAAAAUUUGUGGGGUGAAUUUAUGGUAUAUACUGAUAUUUCAUGCCGAAUUUGAUGGAAAUCUAACAUAUACUUUUUGAAAAAAAAUCAAUUAAAAUUUAGGUCCUAAAAAUUGAUUUUUCCCUUCAAAAAUGAUGAUUUUUCCCGAUUUUUUGCUUUUUUCGGAUAUUUAAAGACAUUAAAAUUAAUUUCUUUUCUCUUUCAGCUAGCCUCUGACGUUGCUUUCAUCGUUCCCAUCGUGUGGGAGGCCAAGAUUCGGGCGUUGCACGGCUCUCCGGUCUACCUCUUCCAAUUCGACCACGUCAACUCAGAACUCAAGAAAGAGCUCCCCUUCCGCGCCGUCUCCCACGCCGCCGAAUACCCCUACCUCUUCGGCAACCAUCUCUUCGGCAGUUUCGAGUUCAACAAGCAGGACCGCAAGACCCAACGACGUCUGGUCGACACGUUCGCCAAUUUCGUGAAAAACGCCAGCCCCAACACCCCACAAAUGCAGUGGAGCAAGGUGGAGCCGGGUAAGCCGAUCAAGAUCGGCGUCAUCAAGUCCGUCCCGCAGAUUUCGGUGAGAAAUGACGCGCUGAGACGGGUCAACUUCUGGACCGACUUGGACAAGGACUUCGAAAUGGACAUUGUGAGGGGAGUCAAGAAGGAGCGAAGACUGCCAAAGAGCAAUCAAGUCGAAGUUAGACGGGUUCGCAAGACCAAGGCGAAAGCCCAGGCUUAA